AUGGACGACUAUAACCUCACUAUUAACCCCAAAACUACUCGAGCUCCGGCCUAUCUCAACGGGGUCACUGAUGUACGCUGGCAGCUAUCGGAGCGCAGAGCACUGUUCUCGGUCUACACCGCAAAGAACGAGUGGCGCGUCAGCCCAUGCAUUGAAGAAGAUCGCCGCAUCGGUCUCGAGUCGGUCAUUGGACAGUACAAAAACCACCAUCUGACUGCCGAUGAGUCUCGUCUCCUUUACCAACCCCUCCCCUUGGAUCUUCCAAGCGUCCGGAAGGACCUCCUAAUAUGCUUGGCUGCUCACGACGGCAACAUUGACCCCUAUCUCCGCUUGUACCGCCCGACUAUACCAUAUUCUGGCAUGGCGCCCCAGACAGAUGACAUCGAGCAGUAUGUACGGGCAUCGCCGGCAUUCCUUGAGGAGCUAGCAAUGUACGAAGAUGAAAAGAGCAAAGAAUGA